GUAAAAUUAUCUCCAACACGCCUCUCGGAGAUUCCUCCUCCUCGCACGUCUCUCCUCUCCCUGCCUUCCCUCUUGAUUCCAUUCUCUCUCCGCGCGCUCUCUCUCUCUCUCUCUCUCCCCCUCUCUCUCGCCCUCGGUUCCUGGAGAGUCACUCUCUUCCCACUCCGACAAAGCUGCCAGCGUUGAGCGAGAAAGAAAGGAGGACGAACAUGGAAGACCGAAGAUUGAAUGAAGAAGACAAAGGACGAAGGUGGAAGAAGACUGAGCGUGACUGUGAGUAUCAAGCGUCGCCGUUUUCGGAGCAGAGAAGACGGUCGCCGUUUUCGGAGCAGAGAAGACGGUCGCCGUUGCCGUUGAGAAGGGAGGAGGAGAACACGGACGAGAAGGAAGGCGAGAGGCAGAGGCGCACUCGCAGAGCCGAGAGGGUUUUGCUUUCAGGGGUUUGGUCUUUGGAGUUUGGACUCUGGACGCGUGCGAGACCGAGAGCAGGAAGAAAGAAAGAGCAGGUUUAUUCAAUUUGGUUAAUCGAGCUUGAUCGGAAUUAUCGCCUCUAAAUCCAUUAAAUCUGUUGCACACCUAUUAUUUCUAGUCCUCGCGGAAAAAGAACCUACAUAUCAUUUGUGAUCUCAGGCCACCUCCAUAUAUAUAUCAUUCAGAAGACAAAGCAUGUUGUGAAGAGGCAGAGGAAAGAGGGAGGAAGAAGAUG